AUGGCAACUUUUGCGCGCCCGGUCGCCUCGACCAUUAAUGGGGUCGACUUCAAUGUCUACUCCGAGGAAGAGAUCAAAGCUCUCUCGGUGAAAAGAAUUCACAAUACUCCGACUUUGGAUUCAUUUAACAAUCCUGUUCCUGGAGGUCUUCAAGAUCCUGCCAUGGGCGCUUGGGGAGAUCAUGUAUGCACAACCUGUCGCCAGAACUCUUUCACUUGUACUGGACACCCUGGACACAUUGAGCUACCAGUACCCUUCUAUAAUGUCACCUUCUUCGAUCACAUUUUCCGCCUUCUCCGAGCACAAUGUGUGUACUGUCUUCGUCUGCAGAUGGGUCGCAACCAGGUCAACAUGUACACCUGCAAAUUACGCCUUCUGCAAUAUGGCUUGGUCGACGAAGUUUCUAUUGUCGAUGCGAUGGGAGCUGUCAAAGGAGCCAAAUCAAAGGCCACCAAGGACAAGGAAGACGACUCGGACGACUCAGACGAUCCCGAUGAUGAUGACUAUAUGCAAAAGCGGACUGAUUAUGUCACUCGGCGCAUCCGCGAAGCCAAGAAAGAGGGAAAAUUGGACGGAUUGAUGCCUGGCGGACAGAAUCCUAUUGCCGCAGAAGCCAGACGAGAGUUGCUCAAGGCUUUUUUCAAGGAUAUCAAUGGGUUCAAGAAGUGUGUCAACUGCAGCGGAGUGUCCCCCGCUUAUAAAAAGGACCGCUACAACAAAAUUUUCCGAAAGCAAUUACCCGAGAAGCAGAAGCUUGCGAUGCUGCAAGGAGGAUUCCAGGCACCGAAUACCAUGGUCCUUCUCGACCAAGAAAGGAACUCCAAGUCUAAGAACGGUUUUUCUGAGAUUCACGGAGCCGAGGAGGAAAUUCGCCGUGGUGUGGCUGUCGUGCAGGAGGUACAGGGAUCGGCCGGCCAGGAAUUUAUGUCUUCUUCCGAAGUCUAUGGAGCACUUCAUCUUCUUUUCCAAAAAGAAAGUGAGAUCCUGCAGCUUGUGUACAACUCUCGGCCAGUGCCCAAGGGAGUGAAAGUUGUGUCGGCGGACAUGUUCUUCAUCAAAAGUCUUAUGGUGCCGCCAAACAAGUACCGGCCCGCAGUCCAGCAAGGUGCUGGAACAGUCAUGGAGGCACAGCAGAACACUUCAUUCAAUGCGAUUUUGAAGGGCUGUGACACUAUCAACCAAAUCAGUAAGGAGAUCCAAAACGAGGAAGAGAAGACCAUGUCUCGGGCACGGAACUACAGUGAUCUCCUUCAAGCUAUUGUUCAGCUCCAAGAUGUGGUCAACGGUUUGAUUGACCGCGAUCGCACUUCGGUCACCGGCUCAGCUGCCGCGUCACAGCCUAACGGUAUCAAACAGAUUCUCGAGAAGAAGGAAGGUUUGUUCCGAAAGAACAUGAUGGGCAAGCGUGUCAACUUUGCUGCUCGAAGUGUUAUCUCGCCCGAUCCCAACAUCGAACCCAAUGAGAUUGGUGUACCCCUUGUCUUCGCCAAGAAGUUGACUUUCCCUGAACCUGUGACAAACCACAACUUCUGGGAGUUGAAGGAGGCUGUUAUCAACGGUCCCGACAAAUACCCCGGCGCUUCUUCAAUCGAGAAUGAAAAUGGACAAGUAAUCAACCUCAAGUUUAAGAACUUGGAAGAGCGCACAGCACUUGCCAACCAACUGCUCGCACCGUCAAAUUGGCGCCAAAAAGGCUCGCGUAACAAGAAGGUCUACCGUCAUCUCACCACUGGUGAUUACGUCUUGAUGAACCGUCAGCCAACUCUGCACAAACCCUCCAUCAUGGGUCACAAGGCUCGUGUCCUUCCCAACGAGCGGGUUAUUCGCAUGCACUACGCCAAUUGUAACACCUACAACGCCGAUUUCGAUGGUGACGAGAUGAAUAUGCAUUUCCCUCAAAACGAGCUUGCUCAAGCGGAAGCCAGAAUGCUGGCAGAUGCCGACCACCAGUACCUCGUUGCGACAUCAGGAAAGCCGCUGAGAGGUCUAAUUCAAGAUCAUAUUUCCAUGGGAACGUGGGUCACGUGCCGUGACAGCUUCUAUGACGAGGAGGACUAUCACCAGCUGUUGUACAGUUGCUUGAGACCAGAACAUUCGCACAUUGUCACUGACCGGAUCCAGCUGGUCGAGCCCGCCAUGCGCAAGCCCAAGUGCCUAUGGACUGGAAAGCAGAUCAUCACAACAAUCCUUAAGAACAUCCAGCCCCCAGAGCGAGGAGGGUUGACCUUGAAGAGUAAGUCUUCUACCCCUGGCGAACGAUGGGGUGAGGGCAAUGAAGAAGGAGAAGUUAUCUUCCAGGAUGGAGAGUACCUUUGUGGUAUCCUCGACAAGAAACAGCUCGGUCCCACCGCCGGUGGUCUCAUCGAUGCCAUCCAUGAAGUUUAUGGAUACAGCACUGCUGGUAAGCUCAUCGGUGUUCUUGGAAGACUCCUCACUCGCGUCCUGAAUUUGCGGGGUUUCAGCUGUGGUAUCGACGAUCUUCGGUUGACCAAGGAGGGUGACCGUAUCCGCAAGGAGAAGUUAGCCACUGCUCCUCAGAUGGGUCGCGAAGUUGCCUUGAAGUAUGUGACCUUGGACAAGGCUCCUGGUGACCAAACUGCUGAGUUGAACCGACGAUUGGAAGAGGUUCUUCGUGAUGACGACAAACAAAGUGGCCUGGAUAGCGUUUCUAACGCCCGGUCUGCCAAGCUUUCCUCUGAAAUCACUAGCGCCUGUCUCCCGUACGGCCUUGCUAAGCCUUUCCCUUGGAAUCAAAUGCAGUCUAUGACGAUAUCUGGAGCAAAGGGAUCCGGUGUUAAUGCCAACCUGAUUUCUUGUAAUCUCGGCCAACAGGUUCUUGAAGGUCGCCGUGUACCACUCAUGAUCAGUGGAAAGAGUCUUCCGUCAUUCAAAGCUUUCGAAACUAACCCGAUGGCAGGAGGUUACGUUUCUGGUCGUUUCUUGACCGGAAUCAAGCCUCAGGAAUAUUACUUCCACGCCAUGGCUGGUCGUGAGGGUCUGAUUGAUACUGCUGUCAAGACCUCUAGAUCUGGUUACCUGCAACGUUGUUUGAUUAAGGGCAUGGAAGGUCUUAAGGCUGAAUACGACUCCUCUGUCCGUGAAGCGUCAGAUGGCUCCAUUGUCCAGUUCUUGUACGGAGAGGACGGUCUCGAUAUCACCAAACAGGUGCACCUGAACGACUUUGAUUUCCUUGCCCAGAACCACAUCUCCAUUUCCAAGCAAGUCCAAGCAGAUGAUUACCACAAACUGGCCAAGGAAAACGUAACUACUUGGCACAAGGACGCCAUGAAGGCGGUCCGCAAGACCGGAAAGAUUGAUGCUGUGGACCCUGUGUUGUCUCACUUCCCCCCUGGAGGAAACCUCGGAAGUACAUCCGAAGCGUUCGCCCAGGAGCUAAAGAAGUAUGCGGACGUCAACAAAAACAAGCUCAUCAAAGACAAGAAGAAGAACAUCGAGGGCAAGAUUACCAAGAAGACCUUCGAAGCACUGAUGAACAUGAAGUAUAUGAAGUCUAUCAUUGACCCCGGUGAGGCUGUCGGAAUUAUGGCCGGUCAAUCCGUCGGAGAACCCUCCACACAGAUGACUCUCAACACCUUCCAUUUGGCUGGUCACUCGGCAAAGAACGUCACACUAGGUAUUCCCCGUCUACGUGAAAUUGUUAUGACUGCAAGUGCCAAGAUUAUGACACCUACGAUGACUCUUCUUCUGAACGAAGAGAUUUCCAAGGAUGACUCGGAGAAAUUUGCCAAGGCUAUCAGCAAACUGAGUAUUGCUGAACUUGUUGACAAGGUGCAAGUCAAGGAACGCAUUGGCUCGGGCAUUGGCCACGCCAGGGCUAAGAUCUACGACAUCGACAUUGACUUUUUCCCGUCUGAAGAAUACACUAAGGAAUACGCCAUUGAGACCAAGGAUGUUCUGAUUGCUCUGAAAUCCAAGCUCAUCCCUCGGUUGGUGAGACUCACCAAGGUCGAGCUAAAGAAGCGCAACGAAGAGAAGAAGGGCGUUAAGGGCACAACUUCCCAGCCCGAAAUUGGUGUUUCGGUCGGUAAAAUCGCGGAGGCACCAAGAGGCGCCGACUCUGAGGCCCAGCCAGCCGACGAUGACAAUGAAGACGACGAGGACGAUGCCAAGCGGGCCGCCGGAGCUCAGAAUAGGGGCAACCAGGUCUCCUACGAAGGACCCGACGCCGGCGAGCAAGAUAUCAUCAGACGCCAAGAUACCCCCGAUGAAGACGAAGACGAAGAUGAGAGCAGCAAGCCUGCCAACGACACUCGCGACGUGCAAAUGAAGGACGGCUCGGACUCGGACUCGGACUCCGAAGAUGAGUCUGACGAUGAGACCGUCCACGACAGCAAGGCGUGCGAGGAAGAUGUCGUGGGCAAGUUCGAGGAGAUCACGAAGUUCAAGUUCGACCCAAAGAACGGCAACACGUGCUCCAUCCAACUGCAGUACGACGUUGAGACCCCCAAACUUCUCCUCCUUCCCCUGGUUGAAAAAGUUCUGCACCUCGCUGUCAUCCAGUGCAUCCCCGGCAUGGGCAACUGUGUCUUCGUCGAGGCCGAUGAGGCGAAGGGUGAUCCCGCCAACAUCCUCACUGAGGGUGUCAACCUGCUCGCCAUGCGUGACUAUCAGGAUAUCAUCAAGCCCCACUCGAUCUACACCAACUCCAUCCACGACAUGCUCAACCUGUACGGUGUUGAAGCUGCUCGCGCUACUAUCGUCCGCGAAAUGGAUGCCGUUUUCAAAGGUCACAGUAUCUCCGUUGACAACCGUCACUUGAAUUUGAUCGGUGAUGUGAUGACACAGUCCGGUGGCUUCAAGGCCUUCAGUCGCAAUGGCUUGGUCAAGGAUGCCUCAUCUGCCUUCGCACGGGCCAGUUUCGAGACUACCGUCGGCGCUCUGAAGGACGUUGUGCUCGAGAGGGGUGCCGAUAACCUCAAGAGUCCUAGUAGCCGAAUUGUUGUUGGCCGUGUCGGUACCGUUGGCACUGGUUCGUUCGACAUUCUUGCUCCCGUAGCAUAG